AUGAGAGGAAAGGAUGCUUCAAGAAGUACAAACUUCAACAAAACAAGAGCUCCGGAGAAAGAGAUCAAUGAAGGCUGCUACAAGUGUGGUCUUGGGAAAGAGGUGAUGAUGAGGCCCCCGUCUGGUGAAGAAGAAAACCCACUCCCUACCCCGAAGCCGGCAAAGGAAAGUGAGAAGGCAUCGUAUAAGGUUGUGAAGGCCGGUCACGAGGCUCCUCGAAAUAAGGAGAGCGUCCUAAGAGAUCCACCUGAUGCCAUAGAAAUCAGAGACUCCCCGUCGCUUCCUUCAUUCUCCAAAGAGGAAGUUCAAGAGGCUCGGGCCAUAAAGACUCCUCAUGUACAAGGUGUCCUCAGAGGGGAGGACCUUUACCGUGUUUAUUUCGCUGGGGUCGAUGAUGCUGCUGGCUUGAGUGACUUGGAGAUAUCGAGGAAGAUCUUGGGUGAAUCUUCCUCGAGCUUCACAUUGACCAGCCAGUUUCCGGCUCCUAGUGCCAAUCCCGAGUGCAAACAAACAAUCAUCAUUUUGAUCCCGGAGGAAGCACAAGUUUUUGCCAUCCCCGUAGGGGCGGCUAGUUACCAUCAAGGUCUGGACACGGAGGAAGACCAAGCACUGAUGGACGAGGCCUCGGUGCUUCAUCAUGAAGCUUUAUUUAGGUCUCAAGGAGAACUGAACCGAUACAAGGCCGAAAUUCAAGGGCUUAUUAAGGAGAGAAACGCCCCUUCUCGGUGA